AUGGCUCCUAAUACAGAAUCUCAUGGACAGCAGCCAGGGAAUAUGUCUUUUGAGACUCUCAAGUCUAAUAUUCAGCACACGACAACUGCAAGAUUGGGAAAGCUUGGAAUUUCAGGACGCAAAGAUAUAGAGACACCUAAUUUCUUCUCAAUCGGCUCUCGAGGUGUAGUGCCUCAUCUGACUCCCGAUGUCAUCUCAGCCCACGCUCAAUUCAGUGGUAUACAUAUGGCUCUAGAGGAUUUCAUCGAACGAGCAACCACUGGCACACCACCCGUGAUGAACGUACCAGGAGACUCUCCUCUACACACAUUUACUGCUCUUCCAUCCCAUUUCACCACCCUCCUAGCACCCAGAAGAACGCCAGCAGUCUCCGCCCCAACCGGAAACAGCAACACCGCAAUCUCAAUCUUCACUUCAACCGGCUUCCAAGUCCUCCCCAACAAAGCCUACACAACCUACAUCACCAAGCUCUCCCCCGACCUUGCCGUCGGUCUCGCCGACGUCCCCUACGGAACCGUCCCCGGCACCAAAAGAAUCGCCAAAAUGGGCGAUCGAACAGAGACUUGGCUGACCGAACUCCUCGCCGCUAAACCAGAGCGUACAGCAAUCUUCGCGCCAAUCCUCCCCAUCGACUCAAACGCCCAAUCCGAAUACCUAAACCAUCUAGAUGACAUAGCCGACCGCAUCCACGGCCUCGCAUUCUACGACCCCAACACCCUCCCCGACAUCCCCGCCACCACAGCCUUAACCCGUCUCCCCCGCCUCUCCCUCUCCGAACCGCGCUCCCCCUCUCAAAUCCUCCGGCAAAUAGCGCUAGGAAUGGACAUCUUCACCAUCCCCUUCAUAAACUCCGCUACCGACGCCGGAAUAGCACUGGAUUUCUCCUUUCCCUCCCCCAAAACCAAAAGUGAAAGCACCGCGCCUUUGCCGCUGGGAACAGACAUGUGGGCUGCCACACACUCAACAUCCCUCCUCCCGCUCUCAGAAUCAUGUACGUGUUACGCGUGCACCGCGCAUCACAGGGCGUAUAUCCAGCAUCUCCUCUCCGCGAAGGAAAUGCUCGGGUGGGCGUUGCUGCAAAUCCACAACCACGCCAUGCUCUCCGCGUUCUUCAGCGCGAUCCGGACAUCGAUAGCAGCGGGGACGUUUGAAGAGGAUAGUGAUGUGUUUGCGCGGGUGUGGGAGAGUGAGAUGCCUGAGAAGACGGGACAGGGGCCGAGGGUUAGGGGGUAUCAUUAUAAGAGUGAGGGGCCGGGGGAGGGGAAGAAGAAUAAAGCUGCGUGGGGGAAUUUGGGGGUGGGUGUGGAUGGGGGUGAGAAGGAUGCGGAUGGGAAGGUUCUGGAGGGGGGUUUGGUGCCGACGGAGGGGCGGGGGAGUUGGAGGGGAAGGGGUUUGCGGAGAAGGCUGAGGGUUUAUAGGGAAAUGCAUAGUAGAACAUCAUUUUAG